AUGAAUUCAGAAGCUGGGAAAAUCGUGAAGGAUGUCCCUCCUCUACCGAUGAGACAAGUAAUCGAGAAAACAGUGGCCUAUGUGCGUAAAAAUGGGGCAUCCUUUGAAGACAAAUUGAGGCAGAAUGAUGCCAAUGGCCAGUUUGCAUUUCUCUCGCCUGAACAUCAAUAUAACUCGUACUACAUCGAAAGCUUGAAGGCUUCCACCGAAGGCAAACCUGCCCAAAAUGGAAUUCUGCUAUCGACGGACAAAAGCAAACCAGAGAAUACCAAACAACCGGACGAGCUCUUGUUCUUGACAACACUUCCUCCAAUAUCCAACCACGACUUGGAGGUCAUCAAGGCUACCGCGAUUUAUGUAGCUUGUAAUUUGCCCAAGAACCAGGAUGCGUUUCACAAGUUUAUGGAGCGGAAGGGAAGACGAAAUCAGUUUGCUUUCAUGAAUAAAUCGCAUACUUUGCACGGUCUUUUUCAGACCUACGUGCAUCAGUAUCGGGCUAUUAUCGACAAGCAGCAGGGCUCCUCAGACUCUAAGCUGACAAAGUUGAUUGACUCAUACCUUGCCACGGAUAAAAUGAACUUUUUCCGCAAAGCAUAUGAACGGGCAGCAUUUGAGAAACGGCACAAAAUCAGAGAGAAGAAUAAAGAACAAGACAUCAAGGCCCGGCAGGUCCACUACGCCUCUAUUGACUGGCAGGACUUUUCUUUUGUGUCGAAAGUGAAUUUUGAUGCCAUUGACGAAGUUUCUGAAUUGCCUGUGCCCAUGCUGAGAGAGAGUAUAAUCUAUAGAUCUCUUGAGACAAAGGCGAAAGAUCUAGAGUUCACAGUGAGUCCAGCAGUACAGACACCGCCUGGAAGUGAGAUGUUCAAAAAGACAGAAAAAACUGAAACGCAAAGCAAAGACGAGGGCAAUCAACCCCCUCCACCAGCCACUGUGCCCAAGGGAAUGAAGAUCAAGGCAGCCGGCGAAUCCCGGCUCAAACGAAAAGCCAUGGAGCAGGAAGCGACACGCUCGGAUGAUAUUCUAUGCCCCAUCACUGGCACCCUUGUGCCCCAAAACGAAUUUGACUUGCAUUUGAAAACGCUUCUCCGAGACCCCCGGUACAAGGAGCAGCAGGACAACUUCAUGCGCAAAAACUUUACCUAUGAGUCUAACCUCACUACGGACCAAGUUUACGAUAACAUCAAGCGACUUGUUGGGAAACGCAAGCAGUCAGAGGAGGAGGAACAAGCGGUCGAUUCAAAGCGCAUUAAUAUGGGUGUAUAA